AUGCUUGCUGUUUUGUAUAAGCUUGCAAUGGCACUGACUACAGAUACAUUUUUUGAACGAAUUGGGAGUUUUGGUCGCUUUCAGAUUGCGCUCAAUUUGUUUUUCAAUCUGUGUUAUCUAUUUUGGUGGGCUGUGCCAGUGAUGAUCAUGGUGUUUAUAGCUUCAGAACCCAACUGGAAAUGCGUAAACAACUCCACUUGCCCAUUCACAGACAGCAUUAGUAUCAGAGACGAGAGAUACAAACACAGAUGUAACAUUUCAAGGAGAGACUGGAGAUUCGAGGAUGACUUCACAUCAGUUGUCACUGAGUUCGACCUUGUUUGUGAACGCGGCUCCUGGGGAUUCGUAUCAACCUCUGUGAUCUUCGCAGGUUUCUUUGUUGGCAGUAUUGUCGUAGGUAUUUUGUCAGACAAGUUUGGAAGGAAGCGGCCUCUCUUCAUCUGUGGCUUUUUCUGCUGGCUGUUCAAUUUUGUUUCCGCAUUUGCUCCAACGUUUUGGUUUUUUGCCCUUUGCCGUAGCAUAGUUGGCUUCAUGCUGGGUGGGUACAGCAUCCCUGUGUUUGUGUUGGCAAUGGAGUUUUCUGGGAUUCGUCACAGAGGUGCCGCAGGAGCACUCGUUUGGACUGGUAUUGCUGUGGGAAGUCAGGCGUUAGCCGGAUGUGCUUACGCCAUCAGAGAUUGGAGGCUUCUGACUAUCGUCACAGGAAUUCCUGGGGGUAUACUUGUAGUUGGCUGGUUUUUUACUCCAGAGUCCAUCCGUUGGCUCCUCAAGAAAGGUCGUGUGACGGAAGCGAGGGACAUACUAAGUAAAGUUGCUAAGGUGAAUGGUAAAUGCAUGCCAGAAGAAGCAUUACAUUUGCCCAAUGAUGAGAAGAUUGAAAGACUUGGUGACUUCCCUGAUUUGUUUAUGUCAGCUGGAAUGGUUCACAGGACACUUGCGUCUUGGCUCAUGUGGUUUGCAGUAUCUUUUAUUUACUGGGCGACAGCUUUCAGCGCACCGUUUAUUGGGGGUAAUGUCUACAUCAAUGUAGUCGUUGCUGCUGUUGCUGGUUUAAUCGCAUACCCUCUAUCUGCUGUUUUGGCGGUCAGAUUUCGUCGAAAGGUUAUCAUUGUGGUAUCGUUUAUUCUGUCGGCUGUGGGAGCAAUUGGGGCACUUCUUUUAUCAGAUAAUGAUGACGACAAAGGUUAUCUGAUUGGAAAAAUCUUCAUGUCCAUGGUUGUUGCUAGGCUUGCUGUUUCCAUCGCAUUCACACUGAUCUACAUUUUCACUGCAGAGAUGUUUCCGACAACUUUGAGGAAUGUUGCCAUGGGUACAUCAACGGCUGCUGCACGUGUAAGCGCUUUAUUGUCAGCCUUCGCUCCGCUUUUGCUAACCGUCCACAGGUUUCUUCCAUUUGGAAUAAUGGCUGGUUUGGCUUUAGCAGCUGCUUUUGUGUGCCUCACUCUAGUAGAGACUCACAACCAACCAACUGUAGAAAAUCUGUUACAGAACGAAGUAUGCCAAUCGAAGAAUGAAAAGCCUGGUGACAAGGAACUCGUUGCCAAAGUCACCUCUUACAUCAGAGUGCUUAUUGUAAUUUUUCCCUUCCUCGCAGUCAUGGCGCUUACAACGGAUCAAUACCUAGAAAAGAUCGGUAGCUUUGGUCGCUAUCAGAUUCUUCUUCUCGUAUUCCUAAAUGGCCUGAUUUUCUUCUGGUUUGGUUGGCCUGUGAUGAUUCCGGUCUUCAUCACUGCUGAGCCCCCGUGGAGGUGUGUGGCAAAUAGCAGCAUCUGUAAACUAAACGGCACCAUGAAGUCUAGACAUCCUGACUAUAAUUUCAGAUGUAAUAUUUCUCGUGAUCAGUGGGAGUUUGUGGACGAUUUCACUUCAGUCGUGACAGAGUUUGAUCUGGUGUGCGAGCGUGGUUUGUACGGUACCAUAGGAUCAUCCAUGAUUUUCGUUGGGUUCUUUUUCGGCGGAAUUGUUGUUGGUCCUUUCAGUGAUAAGUUUGGCAGGAAGAUCACCAUGUACUUAUCUGGCCUCAUCUUGUCAGUCAUGAGUCUGUUGGCCGCUUUUCCUGAAGCUUUUUGGCUCUUUGCACUCCUCAGAUGUUUGAUUGGAUUCGGGAUAGGCGGGUACAGCAUCGCCGCUUAUGUUCUUCUGACCGAGCUCGUUGGAAUUCGUCAUCGCAGCACUGCGGGCUGCUCCAUUUGGUAUUCCUUCAAUCUCUCCAACAUGGCGCUGGCCGGGCUGGCAUAUCUUGUGAGGGACUGGAGAAAGCUAUCAAUCAUAAUGGCGAUUCCAGCAAUUCCAUUCGUGCUUGGAUGGUUUUUUACUCCAGAGUCAGUGAGAUGGUUUCUUGUGAAGGGCAAAACUGAAAAAGCAGAACAAAUCCUCUACAAGGUUGCCAAAUUCAACAAGAAACCAAUACCUCAAGAACCACUACAGGAUUGCGAGAAACAGCGACUGGGAGACUUGCGGGACUUGUUCAAGACGCGCGCUAUGACUCACAAAACACUCAUAUCUUGGUAUUGCUGGUUUGUGAAUGGCAUGGUGUAUUACGGAGUGUCUUACAGCUCUCCGUUUGUUGGUGGUAACGUGUACCUCAACUUCUUCAUCACAAGUACUGUAGCAUUGGUCGCCUACCCCGCACUUGCCUGGGGAUGUAACAGAUUUGGCCGCAAGAAGACCAUAUGCUGUGGUCUUUUCUUUUCUGCUGUUGGUUCUUUUGGAUCCGUUGUGCUCACUUUAUUUGACGAUGGGGAAAGUAAAGGAAUAUUGGCUGGAAAAAUCAUCUUUUCGUUGUGUAUUGCCAAGUUUUUCAUCGUCUUUGCUUUUGACGGAUUUUACGUCUAUUCCGCUGAACUGUUUCCUACGGUUGUCAGAAAUGUUGGAAUGGGAACUUCUACAUCUGCUGCCCGCGUGGGAUCAUUCCUAUCGUCUUACAUUGUUUAUUCGCAACGUGUACACAAACUACUACCAUUUGGCAUUAUGGGUUUGAACGCGUUGAUAGCUGGGUUACUGUGCAUGACGUUGCCGGAGACACGUGAUCAACCAACCUUGGAAGUCAUGGAAACAACAGAUGAAGGACAAAAUAUGGAGCUGCUUGCUCAGGAUGAUGAAAAGAAAAAGAAGGCAGACGACAGCCAUCUGUAGCAAGAAGAAAACAAACAUACUAAACCGAAUAAUAAACAGCAUCUAAAAAUGACAAAUAUUUGGGCAUUUUCAUGUGCAGAAGGAUAGCCGCUCUUCUUCUUGAAUCUCCCUUAUUGGUCAAGAAAGAAAAAAAUCGCUUGACAACUUAACAAAGCAAAAAAUCCUCUUUUAGCCAAAGCGUGACUCCGUGGAAAAUCGUUGUUUACAAUUUCUAAAAAAGAUAUAUACCACUAGCUUCUACUGCUAACAAAAUUAUCCUAUGUCGUCCUAUUAAAGUGCACUCGUAAGAGUUGUGUCAAUUCAUUCUAAAUACAUCUUGCCCCUUAAUUAAUGUAAAUUUAUAGUUUAUGGAAAAAA